GGUGUAACGACAUGAUCUUGUCGUGGAUUCUCAAUUCUUUGGAUCCUGACCUUGCUAAUAGUGUUAUUUAUGCUGAGACAGCUCAUGAAGUCUGGACUGAUUUAAAAGAACGAUUUUCACAGAGCAACGCUCCUAGGAUUUUUCAGAUUCAACGCAGCAUAGCGACACAUACGCAAGAUCAGAUGCCUCUGGCAACAUAUUAUUCAAAACUAAAGAACUAUUGGGACGAACUGGGUUCCUACAAUGAUACAGAAGUUUGCUCCUGUGGAGCAAAGAAGUCGUUGGCCAAGCGCGAGGAACAACAACGCUUGAUGCAAUUUUUGAUGGGACUAAAUGAAUCCUAUGCAGCGAUCCGAGGGCAGAUUCUCCUUAUGGAGCCCUUGCCAUCAGUUAGAAGGGCAUAUUCCCUACUUUCACAGGAAGAGAAACAACGUGAAAUCACCACUACCCAUGCAAAUACAGAAAGCAUGGCCAUGUUAAGUAUCCACAAUAAGAAAGGGGGUUCUUCUAAACCCGCUUAUCAAUUCCGCUCACAACAAGGAUAUAAUUCACAACAAGGACAGAACUCACAACCUCGUUCCUCUUUUCGAGGGAGCCAAAAAGAGACUCGACGUUGCACUCACUGCAAUGGAGAUACUCACACCGUUGAUACUUGCUAUUAUCUCAAAGGGUUCCCUCCAGGACAUAAGUGGCACAACAAAGAAGUCUCUCUGCCUGAUAGAGGAAGCAGUUCACACCAAGGAAACCAAAGGAAGUCACAUGCUGCCAAUAAUGUCCAAAACUCAGAUUCACAAGUUCAUCAUCUCCAGUCCAUCGCGCCCCACCUUACACUAGACCAAUGCCAACAAAUUAUGGGCGCUGUAGGUAAAGAAGAUGUUUCACAAACCCAAGUAAAUUUUGCAGGACUUGGUUACGAAGAAGAUGAUUGGAUUGGGUAGGCGGCAUGGCAACCUAUACUAUUUUGAUUCAAACUAUAUUUCUCAGAAGCCACCAUCCUCCUCACACCAUAUGUUAUCUCGACAAAAUCUUUGGCACCUGCGGUUAGGACAUCCAUCAGAUGCCCGCCUUCGUAUCUUGGCUCAACAUGAAUCUGAUAUUUUCUUUUCCCAACAC